AUGCAUAUUGAUACUCGCCCAUCGCAUUUCUUAUUUACGUUGCUUAUCCUGACCUUCAUUCAUUCGGUGACCUCUCAACCUAUUAAACCCAACAAAUGGAUCAAACCAGACCCAUUUGAGAAUCUCAAUUCCCUUGGGACAUGGAAAACAUUAGAGAAAGAAUCCCAAAGCUUCUUCCCAAGCCCAUCACAUGUCAAUCACAAUCAUAACCCAACAUGGCGGCCCACAAGUCAUGAUAACGAAGCAACAGAGCGAGUGGGACCGAAUCAUUCCUAUACAAAAGGGACCCCUCCACCUGCAAUCCCCGCUGUUCCAGUAGUGUCUGUCUUAUUACCGACCACCGAUAAACUACACAAGCACUAUUCGGAAUACAUGAACUUUGAAUCAGGGCCCAACUCAGAACUUGAGGGGAUUUCAACCAACGCCAUUGCCUCUGAUAGACAAAACCGAUACAAUGAGUUCCUAAGGAACAUGCAUAUCAAGAAUGCCAUUCACCAGGAGCACGGUGACACAACAUCAAUGGCUUUCUCGGCCUCUUCCUCUGGACACACUGUCUCUUUCUUUGCGUAUCGCAUCUCAAUUCCGACGCUGAGGCUCAACUUGUCCAGCCUGGCGAUUUAUCCUUUUCCUGGGGUGGUCACAACCGUGAUUAUCCUCUUGGUGUUGGUUUGGAUCGCUAUCAUCACGAUUGGAUUGGUGGAAUUGGGCAACUAUAUAUGGAUUAGACGUCGCCAAGCCGAUAUCGGUGAUGCACGAGGUGACGAAGAACAAAGCGUGGAACUGGACGAGCUGGCAAAGAUACCGAUCUCAGUGGUUGCCAUUCCUUCAGAUAGAAAUCUGGUGGCAAAUGAAUCUGAGCCCGUGCAUCAUCGGCCUGGGGAUUCGGACGUUGAUUCUGAAUCCGAUGACGAUGACUAUCGAAUCUUCUAA